UGGAAUUAAACCGUAAAAUCGCCACGUUGUUUCUAUGUGCAGUGAACGAUAUCUUUCUGGCGUAACCAAUCAUGUUUUAAUGUGGUGCAAUUUAAGAAUUGAAAUUAAAAAAAUAUGUCCAUCGAAAGUAGCGAAAUUUCCGUGACCAUCGAAUUCGGAGGUGGGGCAGAAUUACUUUUCGAUAAAAAAAAAAGGCACGAAGUAAACUUACCUGGAGUAAAUGAAUGGACCGUACAAAAGCUACUUUUCUGGAUAACAGAUAAUCUGUUAAAGGAACGACAGGAACUUUUUAUACAAGGGGAUACCGUGCGUCCAGGAAUUUUGGUUCUUAUAAAUGACAUCGAUUGGGAAUUAUUGGGCGAAAGCAAUUAUAAAAUAAAAUCAGGUGAUACGAUAUUAUUCAUAUCCACUUUACACGGAGGAUAAGAAAAAUAAAAUUGGAAAAAGAAAAGAUAAAAGAAGCAAAGAAUGCAAAGAAGAUCGAAGACAAUACCGCAUAAUAUAAAUGGAAUCCGAGUUCAGAAAAACAUGAUAAUUUCGCGGAAUGUUUGUACGAUGGCGAGAUACGUGGAUACGCGCAUAGCGUAAAAAAAAAAAAAAAAAAAAAAAAUAAAUAAAUAAAUAAAACGUCUACACUCGUACAA